AUGGCGAUAAGUGAGGAGGAGUUCGAUUCAUCUGUCAACGCAAACACGCUCAAAGAAAAGACAGUCAUUGUUGCUGAUGCAGACAGGAAGGAUUACGUUAGGAUCACAAGUGUGACCAAGGUAAAAACAGGGAAGCAUGGAGCGGCCAAGGUGAUGAUAUCCGGAAAGAACAUAAGAACAAACCUGAAAGCCGAAAUGAGUUUCUCGGGCGGAUCAAAAGUAUACGUUGUUAUACCAGUGAAAAAGACUUACGUGCUCGUCGAUUUUGACGAGGAGGAGGACUGCAUCUAUGCCGAUCCGUUGAUAUCGACCGGCUAUACCGAGAUGGAGACUCUACAUUGCAAUGAAAUCGAAAAAGAUAGAGUUAAAUUGUUGUUGGAGACUAUUAAAAGUGCGGGUGAGGAUGCUGUCAUACAGUUUGCGACGGUCAGCUGUCCAGGAAUGGUUUUGCUUGAGGAGAUUGCUGUUGUUGGGUCGAAAAGGAGUGUCCCAAAGAGAGCGAGAGGGUGAAUUAUCCGUUUUUUAAUAAAACUUUUGUUAGCGCGA